UAAAUAUCAAUUUAAUCUUGCUGAUGCUGUGUGGUAAACACUCCAUCGUCUAUUGUACAGUGGCAUUUUCUCGUACUAAAUUGUGAUGAACAUGGAUGAAAGAACAAUAACUCAUCCCACACCAAGAGUCAUCUAUACAUAAACAGAUCCCCCCACGCCCCUCAUCCAUCAUCACAGUGAGGGAUAUAUUUGAAUGACAAUACUUUAUGCUGUGCAAUCACACAGCAGUCCUUUCUUUCUUUUUUUUUUUUUUUUAUAAAGCACAGUGGCUUGGCUCAGGGACAGUAUUCACCAGUAAUGCAGUCUGAUGCCAACAUAACCAUGGGAAAGAUCAUAUUUUACGAAGACAGAAACUUUCAAGGGCACUAUCAUGAGUGCAGUGGCGACUGUGCCGACCUUCACUCCUACUUCAACAGAUGUAACUCCAUCAAGGUGGAGAGUGGCUGCUUCAUGAUCUAUGAGAGGCCCAACUACAUGGGCAACCAGUACUACCUGAAAAGAGGAGAGUACUCUGAUAACCAGCGUGUGAUUGGAAUGAAUGACUGCGUUAGAUCUUGCCGUAUGAUCCCCCAGCACCAAGGCUCCUACAGGAUGAGGCUUUAUGAACACUUUGACAUGACUGGCCAGAUGCAUGAGCUGGAGGAUGACUGUCCAAACGUCCAGGACCGCCUCAGCAUGUCUGACUUCAACUCCUGUAAUGUGGUGGAUGGCCACUGGCUGCUGUAUGACCAACCCAACUACAAGGGCAGAGCGUACUAUCUGAGGCCUGGAGAGUACAGGAGAUACACUGACUGGGGAGGUGUCAGCCCGAGAGUCGGUUCCCUCAGAAGAAUCACUGACUUCAACUGAAGUCUAGCUUUGCUAAAAUGCAUCUUUCUCUGAGUUUAACUGUCCGUUUUCCCAAUAAACUUUUGCUGCUUAAUAAAACAUUGUUUUAUGCUA